CUGUUCUGCUUUAUCUAAUCCUUUUUGAUUCAUGUAAACAAGCAAAAUUGCUGAAGUGUGGUUAAUGAUGGUAAUCACUCUGGUGUCUUUGGGGAAAAUAAAAUUUCUUUUUUCCCGUGUCUCGUCAUUCCAUGUAAGGUUUUUAACACAAUUGGAAAGACAAGAGAGAAUUGAAAUGGCAACCAAAAAAUUACCAAGAUACCGAGAAGACCCUGUUAUUAUGAAACUAGAUACACCUGAAUUUCAUUCAAUCUUUACACCAGAAUUGAAUAUCCUAUCCGAUUUAUUUAAGAAGUAUAACUUUGAAAUUAGAAUAGCAGGUGGUGCAGUCCGUGAUAUGUUAAUGGGAAUGAUGCCAAAGGAUAUUGAUUUUGCAACUACAGCGACGCCAGAUCAAAUGAAAGAUAUGUUUACUAAGGAAAAUAUUAGAAUGAUAAAUAUGAAUGGAGAAAAGCAUGGAACGGUAACAUCUAGAAUCAACAACAAAGAAAAUUUCGAGAUCACUACGUUAAGAAUUGAUGUUGUUACUUAUGGAAGAAGGGCGGAUGUGGAAUUUACUACCGACUGGAGGCUCGAUGCAAAUAGACGAGAUCUCACCAUUAACUCUAUGUUUCUUGAUCUCGAUGGCCACGUUUAUGAUUACUUUUUUGGAUACGAAGAUCUACAGAAAAGACGGAUUGCCUUUGUAGGAGAUGCAUCUACUAGGAUUCAGGAAGAUUAUCUCAGAAUUCUCAGAUAUUUUCGCUUUUAUGGUAGAGUUGCUAAUGACUCUAAUAGUCACGAGGAUGCAACUAUAAAAGCAAUAAAAGAGAAUGUUGAGGGUAUGUCGAAUAUUUCCGGUGAAAGAAUAUGGAGUGAAUGGAGUAAAAUUUUAGAAGGAAGGUUCGCAGGAGAAUUAAUGAUAAAAAUGAUAGAGUGCGAUAUGGCUAAGUAUAUUGGUCUUCCUGCAAACUUGGAUCUUAGAAGCUUCAAAAAUGUUUAUUCACGAGCCAUGAAUAAUGGUUUAAAGCUCAAACCUAUCGUUCUCAUCACAUCGAUGCUGAAAGAUGAAGGAGAGGUGAUGAACUUACACCAAAGGCUAAAGCUCUCUGCAUAUGACAGGGAUUUAGCACUAUUCAUUGUUCACAAUAGGCAUGAUAGGCCUUGUGAAAAUCCACUAAAACCUUAUCAACAUCUAACAUUAAUAUUCAAAGGAAAAGUUCAGGAUUCUAAGACAUUUGUUAGUGAAGUGCUUAAAUAUAGAGGUGACGUGAAUCUUCUGAAUGAGUUUGAGAAAUGGGACAUUCCAAGGUUCCCAAUUAAUGGACAUAUGUUAAAACCACUAGUUCCACAUGGAAAAAUGAUCGGUCCAGUGAUGACAGCUUUGAAAGCUAUUUGGUUGGAGCACAAUUUCCAAAUACCCCCUGAAAAACUUUUAACCUUUGUUCCUAAUAUUAUAGCAGAACUUAAAGAAAAAAAAAAAUAAAGUGAUAUGAUACAUUUUUAUACUGUAGUUAUUUCAUUCUCCGAUGAAGUAUUUUCAAAUUUUUUUCUUUUUUAUACGGAUUUUUACAACUUUGUCCCGUUGGACCUACACUAUUAAUUUUACGAACGUUACAAUCCAUUUAUCAUCUGCCUGUUUAGAGACGAAACAAUUUUUAACUGAAAACUAAUUAGGAUGGAAACCUUUUAUUUUAUAGGUACAAUUUUAAUUAUUAAUAAUAAAAUAUUGUAAAUAGUAUGCUAUCAUAGUUAAUAAAACCUGUGAGAUUCAA